CAAACGGCCGGCACGACACAAUAAGCAACAAACAUGUAAGUCCGCGGAUGUCUUACAGGCGCGGUAGCCCAUUUAGACUCGGGUGCUAGAAUAUUCGGGACCAUGGGAAAAGUCGGUGGUUGGUGGUAUUCAUUCAGCCCGACAACUGUUCCAAUCAGGGCGCAUCCGGACGCAGGACACUAGACAGGGAUAUUGGCAAGGUCGCACAUCAACGUCUCAUCUGGCUGACAUUUGAGACCAGGGCAAUCAAACGGCCGAGGUAGAAGCUACGGCAGGGCUAACCGGGUUCAGUCGUGGGCCGUCGGGACUGGGCCCGUAGUUAGUUAGUGAACAGUAUUCGUUACAUAAUCUUUCUCGAGAGAAAAGUGUUCGCCUCUAUCGAUGGGAUGUCUUUGCCCCGAGGAUGAGCAGGCGAUCGAGGUUUCCAUCAUUUCAUUUCGGGGACUGUCCGUGCUGACCUCGAGGAACGACACGGAAGCACUGGCCAAUCGUAGCGUGGUUGAUGAAUUUCAACCAAUGAACGACGGACGAUAACAAGAUGAGGAGGUCUCCAAUCCGGAGGCGAGCCAAGAGGGGACCCACCUCGAUUGAUUGGUUCCCACCCCCGUUAGCGUUAUCUUUCAUCUCGUGGACUAACUCAAGUGGGAACGCUCCAACUGGUGCCCUUUGCUUGCUUCAGCCCUUCCCUCUUGAACUUGUUCCGUUUGGACCAACUGGUCGCGGCGAGACGAUCCUCGUACUAGUAAAGAGGAGGAGGAAUGCACCGGGCGUGAGUCGGACAAACCAUCAAGAAUUCCACCGCCAUCCUGUUUGGUGUUUGUGGUUGUCGCAAGGGAUAUACUAAUAUGACUGACUCGACUGUUUCCCCUGUCGCAUUCUACAUUCAUUCAUUCUGACUCCAUCUUACGGGAGUACGACCUCCCAACGUUUCCACAGAGUUCUCAUCCAUCCUGUAAUGUAGUGGGCAGGACAAAAGGUAGCAUCGGGUGUGAUUCGGAGGGGCGCGUUUGGUGCAACGACGGGAUCGAAAGUCUCGUGAACUCUUCCCGACAGAGUAAAGCCAGGCAGUGACUCCAGUCCUUCGGUCAGGCUGAGCCGUGGGUCCGACGUCAGGAUGUGGAGACCCCGAUGUGCGACUCUCUCGUCGGGUCUGACCAAUCACCGCUCAGGUAAUUUCGGUUAGCGGAUCCGUUUUCCUGCACACCGGACACUCGCCGUCCUUCCUCUGACUGGCUUUCAGCUGAUUUGCCAGUGGCGGCUUGGAGUUGGAGAUCCACCUCAAAACUUCACUCAAUCAUAGUGACGGGGUAACCGGGACGGUAAGCGGUGGAACAGGCGCCACGACUAAUAACAUUACUUCAUUUGACUAUCUUAUACUUCUCGAAGGAGGCACACUAGAUAAUCAAACAUAGUUCCGUACAUGAUCUAUCUGAAAAGUGGGGAGAGUGGACAGUGGACAGUUGGAGAUGACCCUCAAAGCGGAAACCCGUCACGCCUCUUGCCACAAGAGUGAUCGAUUGAUACUGUCAAUCCUCCAGCAUGAUGAUCGAUGGAAGGAUUUCCAGGGAAUGUACAAGAGGCAUGCUGGACGUAAAAAGCGGUCAAGAAGGGAGGGACAGGGAUUGGACCCAGGAUCGGGAAGUGUUGUCAUCAUGACUUUUUUAGUUGUUUUCGGGAAAAAGGGAUUGAUUCGCUUUUGGAGUUUCCUGGGAUCCGAGUUGCAUCUCCUGUACCACCCGUUCGUUAUUGAUUCUGAACUGCCUUUCUUUCCUUUUGUCGACGAGAUAGUCGAUCCGACAACAUUCUUUCCGGAAAUUUAGCAUUGUCUCAGAGACAUCCGUACCUGGUCAAAUUAAAUUAAUUCCGACGGACUAAUUCUCAAUUUCUCGAUUAUGGAUCAUGUUUUGUCUCGGGGACUUUCAUGGAGGGACGGAAGAAUAAUCCUACAUUACAUUACGGAAAAUCCUCCCUGAUUAGAUUACUACUACUCCUAGGGGUUUGAAGCUCGGCGGAAU